GCUGCGACACCUCCCAGCUCUUCAGGCUCGGCCGCCAUUUCCUCGCCUGGCCUAACGGUCCGGCCAAUCCCAGCGCGCAUCGAGAAAAGCUAAGGCUCCACCAAUCGGAGGCCGCCGAUUCCGACCCUUUGCCUCCGCUCGGCCCAAUCCAGGCCCCGGCCCCGUCGGCCCCGUCGCCCCCGAUCCGCCCCCGCGGCGCUCUCUCUCCUCCCUCUUUGUGCGUCUCGCGCCGCCGCCGCCCCGCCGCGUGAGAGAACGGGUUCCGCGCGCUCCGCGGCAGCGCAGUCGGGUCCCCUCCCCCCAGAAGAUUCGCGAAGAAGAAGCCGCCGCCGAAAAGGAGCCGCCGGUGCCGGUCCCUGGGGGCGCCAUGGCGACCGGAGCGAACGCUACGCCGCUGGGUAAGCUGGGCCCCCCAGGCCUCCCUCCCCUCCCCGGCCCCAAAGGGGGCUUCGAGCCGGGACCACCGACUGCCCCGGGGCCUGGGGCGGGGCUGCUGGUGUCCGGGCCGCUGCCGCCCCCGCCCGUGGGCUCGGUGGGGGCCCUGACCGCGGCCUUCCCCUUUGCGGCGCUGCCGCCGCCGCCGCCGCCGCCGCCGCCGCCCCCCCCGCCUCCCCAGCAGCCGCCGCCGCCACCGCCCCCCUCCUCGGGCUCCUCGUACUCGCCGCCGCAGCCGCCCCCUCCGCCGCCGCUCUACCAGCGCGUGUCGCCACCACAGCCACCGCCACCCCAGCCGCCGCGUCAGGACCAGCAGCCGGGCCCGACCGGCGGCGGAGGAGACUUCCCCAGUAAGAAGCGGAAGAGGAGCCGCUGGAAUCAAGACACAAUGGAGCAGAAGACGGUGAUUCCAGGAAUGCCUACAGUCAUCCCCCCUGGACUUACUCGGGAGCAAGAAAGAGCUUAUAUAGUGCAACUGCAGAUAGAAGACCUGACUCGUAAACUGCGCACAGGAGACCUGGGCAUCCCCCCUAACCCUGAGGACAGGUCCCCUUCCCCUGAGCCCAUCUACAAUAGUGAGGGGAAGAGGCUUAACACUCGCGAGUUCCGCACCCGCAAGAAACUUGAGGAGGAACGGCAUAAUCUCAUCACGGAAAUGGUUGCCCUCAACCCUGAUUUCAAGCCUCCUGCAGAUUACAAACCUCCAGCAACACGUGUGAGCGAUAAAGUCAUGAUCCCACAAGAUGAGUAUCCAGAAAUCAAUUUUGUGGGGCUGCUGAUUGGGCCAAGAGGGAACACCUUGAAGAACAUAGAGAAGGAGUGUAAUGCCAAGAUCAUGAUCCGGGGGAAAGGUUCUGUGAAAGAAGGAAAAGUUGGGCGCAAAGAUGGCCAGAUGCUGCCGGGAGAAGAUGAGCCACUUCACGCCCUGGUCACUGCCAAUACCAUGGAGAAUGUGAAGAAAGCAGUAGAACAGAUAAGAAACAUUCUGAAGCAGGGUAUCGAGACUCCUGAGGACCAGAAUGACCUACGGAAGAUGCAACUUCGAGAGUUGGCUCGCUUGAAUGGGACCCUUCGGGAAGAUGAUAACAGGAUCUUAAGACCCUGGCAGAGCUCUGAGACCCGCAGCAUUACCAAUACCACAGUGUGUACCAAGUGUGGAGGGGCUGGCCACAUUGCUUCCGAUUGCAAGUUCCAAAGGCCUGGUGACCCCCAGUCAGCUCAGGAUAAAGCGCGGAUGGAUAAAGAAUACUUAUCCCUCAUGGCUGAACUGGGGGAGGCACCUGUGCCCGCAUCUGUGGGCUCCACCUCUGGGCCUGCCACCACACCACUGGCCAGUGCACCUCGGCCUGCUGCUCCCGCCAACAACCCACCUCCGCCGUCUCUCAUGUCCACUACCCAGAGCCGCCCACCCUGGAUGAAUUCCGGCCCGUCAGAGAGUCGGCCCUACCAUGGCAUGCAUGGAGGUGGCCCUGGUGGGCCCGGAGGUGGUCCCCACAGCUUCCCACACCCGCUGCCCAGCCUCACAGGUGGGCAUGGUGGACAUCCCAUGCAGCACAACCCUAAUGGACCCCCGCCCCCCUGGAUGCAGCCCCCACCACCACCGAUGAACCAGGGCCCCCACCCACCUGGGCACCAUGGCCCUCCUCCAAUGGAUCAGUACCUGGGAAGUACGCCUGUGGGCUCUGGGGUCUAUCGCCUGCAUCAAGGAAAAGGUAUGAUGCCGCCGCCACCUAUGGGCAUGAUGCCGCCGCCGCCGCCGCCUCCCAGUGGGCAGCCUCCGCCCCCUCCCUCUGGUCCUCUUCCCCCGUGGCAGCAGCAGCAGCAGCAGCCUCCGCCACCCCCUCCGCCCAGCAGCAGUAUGGCUUCCAGUACCCCCUUGCCAUGGCAGCAAAAUACGACGACUACCACCACGAGCGCUGGCACAGGGUCCAUCCCGCCAUGGCAACAGCAGCAGGCGGCUGCCGCAGCUUCUCCAGGAGCCCCUCAGAUGCAAGGCAACCCCACUAUGGUGCCCCUGCCCCCAGGGGUCCAGCCGCCUCUGCCGCCCGGGGCCCCUCCCCCUCCGCCGCCUCCGCCGCCUGGUUCCGCCGGCAUGAUGAUCCCUCCCCGCGGCGGCGAUGGCCCGAGCCAUGAGAGGGAGGACUUUCCGCGCCCAUUGGUGACCCUUCCAGGCAGACAGCCUCAGCAGCGCCCCUGGUGGACAGGAUGGUUCGGCAAAGCAGCCUGAGUUAUUUUUAUGGACGGAAUCGGAACACGCUGGCUCCAUAUUGUGAAAUUUUUAUUAAUUUUUCUUUUUUCUUGUUAGUCCUCCUCUCUGCCUUUCUUCAGACUCCGUCCAAGGAGAUGCUCUCCCCGGUCUUCUGCUGCAAUUAGAUUCCUUUCCCUUUUCUCAUUCCUGGUUCUUCUUUAAGGAGAGAGGAGCAAGUGGUUUUUAGGCAAAGAAUUUGGGCCAUCAGUGUGGCGGGGUGGGGUGGGUGUCUUCUUUGGUUCCAAGAUUUUCAAACUGCCAUAUUUUUUUCAAGCUGAGAUACUUUUUUUCCCCUUAAUUUUAAGUGUGGGGUUUUGUCUCUGCCACCCUCGUGGGGUAGUGGGUCAGUCUCCAGGUUCAGGGUCCAUAGCCAUCCUGGCACUCCUGCCCGCGGGAGGUGGAGCCACGUAAGCUGCCUGGGGCUUGUCUGCAGCCUGCAGAGCCCUUUCAGCGCUCCCUGAGCUGCCUCAGAUUCCAUUUGUUCCUCUCCUUCCUGGAAGGCUACCUUUUAAAAUUUAUUUUAAUCCCAAACGUCUGAAUGUUCUGCAGUGUUGAGGGGUUUGAGCCCCUUGCUUUCUUCGUUCUGCUUCCUUCCUUUCCUCCCCUCUUCAUGGAGUGAUUAUGUUGACAAUAAUGUAUGAUGCGCGUUCUCUUCACUGGUUUAUCAGCAGACAUUUCUCUGGGCUUUUUGGUGUAUGAUUCAACACUGCGUUAAAGGGGGGUGUUCCAUUGAAUAAAAGAGCAGUGUGGUUUUCUGGG